AGUUCAAAAUGGCGGCGGCUGCGGAAGACAUGGGGUCUGACUGAGGAGGCGGCCGGGGUCCCUCCCUGUGCUGUCCCCAGUGGGUUUAGGGGGCUGGGGCAGCGGCGUAGGGCUGGUGGUGAGAUUAAGCCCUUUACUUCUUGUCCUGCCUUCAGUGGACAUGGAGACCAGUUGAGCAUAGUCCUCUCAAUAACAACACUUACCAUAUUUGACGACUAUUUUCAGUUGUUUUGGUAAACAGACAUUUGGACAGCAAAAUGACCUCGAUUAUCAAGUUGACUACGCUCUCAGGGGUGCAGGAGGAAUCUGCUCUCUGCUAUCUGCUGCAGGUAGACGAGUUUCGUUUUUUAUUGGACUGUGGCUGGGAUGAGAAUUUUUCAAUGGAUAUCAUUGAUUCUCUAAGGAAAUAUGUACACCAGGUUGAUGCAGUGCUACUUUCUCACCCUGAUCCUCUACAUCUUGGUGCUCUCCCCUAUGCAGUUGGAAAAAUGGGUUUAAAUUGUGCUAUUUAUGCAACCAUUCCUGUAUAUAAAAUGGGACAAAUGUUUAUGUAUGAUCUGUAUCAGUCUCGCCACAAUACAGAAGAUUUCACUCUCUUUACAUUGGAUGAUGUAGAUGCAGCUUUUGAUAAAAUACAGCAGCUCAAGUUCUCUCAGAUUGUGAACUUGAAAGGGAAAGGACAUGGUCUUUCUAUUACACCACUGCCGGCUGGUCACAUGAUAGGAGGUACAAUUUGGAAGAUUGUCAAAGAUGGAGAAGAAGAAAUUGUUUAUGCUGUUGACUUCAACCACAAGAGGGAGAUCCAUUUAAAUGGAUGUUCUCUGGAAAUGCUGAGCAGGCCUUCGCUGCUUAUCACAGAUUCCUUUAAUGCUACAUACGUACAACCCAGACGGAAGCAAAGAGAUGAACAACUGUUAACCAAUGUCUUGGAGACGUUGCGAGGUGAUGGAAAUGUGUUAAUAGCCGUGGAUACAGCAGGCAGAGUUCUGGAACUUGCCCAACUUCUUGAUCAGAUUUGGAGAACAAAAGAUGCAGGAUUAGGAGUCUAUUCUUUAGCACUUCUAAAUAAUGUCAGCUACAAUGUAGUGGAGUUUUCUAAAUCACAGGUUGAAUGGAUGAGUGACAAACUGAUGAGGUGUUUUGAAGACAAGAGGAACAAUCCAUUUCAAUUCCGCCAUCUCUCAUUAUGUCAUGGUCUUUCUGACUUGGCUCGAGUACCUAGCCCAAAAGUCGUGCUUGCCAGCCAGCCUGAUUUGGAAUGUGGGUUUUCAAGAGAUCUCUUUAUACAGUGGUGUCAGGAUUCCAAAAACUCUGUAAUUUUAACUUACAGGACCACACCUGGGACGCUAGCACGAUUUCUUAUAGAUAACCCUUCUGAAAAAGUUAUAGAUAUAGAGUUGAGGAAACGUGUCAAACUUGAAGGGAAGGAACUUGAGGAGUACCUAGAAAAGGAGAAACUAAAGAAAGAAGCAGCUAAAAAGUUAGAACAGUCCAAAGAGGUAGAUAUUGAUUCCAGUGAUGAGAGUGAUGUUGAAGAGGAUAUUGAUCAGCCAUCAGUGCAUAAAACUAAACAUGACUUGAUGAUGAAAGGUGAAGGAAGCCGAAAAGGAAGCUUCUUCAAACAGGCCAAGAAGUCUUAUCCGAUGUUUCCAGCCCCAGAAGAAAGAAUUAAAUGGGAUGAAUAUGGGGAGAUUAUCAAGCCUGAGGAUUUCCUAGUUCCAGAGCUUCAAGCAACUGAAGAAGAAAAGAGUAAAUUAGAAUCUGGUCUGACAAAUGGAGAUGAGCCUAUGGACCAAGAUUUAUCAGAUGUUCCUACCAAAUGUAUUUCAGCGACAGAAUCAAUGGAAAUAAAAGCCAGAGUUACAUACAUAGACUAUGAAGGACGCUCAGAUGGUGACUCCAUUAAAAAAAUAAUUAACCAGAUGAAGCCACGACAGUUGAUCAUUGUCCAUGGUCCACCUGAGGCUAGCCAGGACCUUUCAGAAUCUUGCAGAGCUUUUGGUGGGAAAGAUAUUAAAGUUUAUAUGCCUAAACUGCAUGAAACUGUAGAUGCAACCAGUGAGACUCACAUCUAUCAGGUCAGGUUAAAAGAUUCUCUGGUCAGCUCCCUUCAGUUCUGUAAAGCAAAAGAUGCAGAACUAGCUUGGAUAGAUGGUGUCCUGGACAUGCGGGUUUCAAAAGUGGACACAGGAGUCAUUCUGGAAGAAGGAGAGCUGAGAGAAGAUGGAGAAGACUUGGAAAUGCAAGUGGAUAUGCCUUCUUCUGACUCCAGUGUUAUUGCACAGCAAAAGGCUAUGAAGAGUUUGUUUGAUGAUGAUGAUAAGGAAGUAUGUGAGGAGAGUGAGAUCAUUCCUACUCUAGAACCACUGCCACCACAUGAGGUUAUUGGACAUCAGUCUGUUUUCAUGAAUGAGCCAAGACUGUCUGAUUUUAAACAAGUUCUUCUGCGAGAAGGAAUUCAAGCUGAAUUUGUAGGAGGAGUACUUGUAUGCAACAACCUAGUGGCUGUUCGUAGGACUGAAACAGGGCGCAUUGGAUUGGAAGGCUGUCUUUGCCAGGACUUCUAUAGAAUAAGAGAUCUUUUAUACGAGCAAUAUGCCAUUGUCUAAAGGAGAUGCCGUGAAGAUGAUGGCUUUACUUGAACUUUAAAAGAUAGUGGAGAUUUCUACCUUUUUAUUUUUGUGGGUAUCUUUUUGUAGUUUUCUAAUUUCUACAGAGAAUACUGAUUCUUCAGAAAAGUUAGACAUCAAAAUCCAGUAAACUAACCUAAACAGGUAAAUAAUUGCUACCGCAGUUCUGUGUAAGACAUCUCUUGGUACAUUCCACAUUGUUGGCUUUCAGACUGUUAAGGAAUAUUGUUGCAAAUACCACUGGUGUGCUGUAAUUGAGAUUGACAGUUUCUUUUAUGAACUUUCUUCCAAGAAGGAUUUAACUGGUCAUAAAUAUGCUCUUUCACAUGACAUGGCAUUCCAAGUCUCUGCCUAAGAAUGCAAAUAUUUAAAAAGAAUCAUCUUUCCUAUUUUAAAAAUGUAAGGGUUGUCUUUGCUUUUUGUGGGGAGGUUCUUCUACUGAGCAGUAGAAGUUUCAGUAAAAAGUUUCUAGGCCAUUGAAAAUUGGCCAAAUGCUUAAUAGUGACUUUCCUGCAAUGGUUAAUAUGUACCCUUGUUAAUACUGUAACUGCUUCGUGCUACUGAUUGAUACAGUACAUCAUAAGAUAUUAUGAAAUAAAAUUUCAGUUUCCUGGGUCAAAAAGCCAGCUUUAAAAUGUUAUAAGGUACUUUAAUACAGAAUGACUGGAAAAACAAAAGUUGUCUGGCAGAUCUGCUAAUCACAUGUUUUUGCAUUUUCUAGCUACUAUAUAUGUAUAUAUGUAUAACUUCUAGUUGUUGCAAUCUGUUAUGCCAGCUAUACCUAUCUUUUGAGAAUUUUGAUUUUAAUACUUUCAAGAAAAAAAA